AAUGCACUCAAAUCGACAUUCCGUAUCGACCUAGCCACUAAUAGACAUGGGUCUAAUAAUGUAUAUGCUGAUUAUGAUAUUAAACGUGAUUGCAUUUUCCAUUCAAAACCAUAAUAAUUCUGAAGGAAUCAACGCCAUAUUGGACCAACUGAUAAAACAGACGGAAGGAGAAAAUGAAGGCACAAAAGGUACGCAAUUUGAUGUUAAAGAAAACACUGGCAAUGAUUCCAAAAUCAUAUACAUUAAGACGAACUUGAAACUGAAUCUACCAAACAUAAUAUUUACAAAUAUUACAGGAGAUCCCAAAGAUUCUGAUAAUUUGAAAUAUGAUACAGUUAGCGAGGAAAUUGUAGUAGAGAUAGAAACACAGCCACAAAAAGAAGUAGAUGAUUUUAAUGGAGAAGAGCAUUUAAAAAAAGAUGCUAACGCUCACCAAUUGCGAUCUGCUUACCCCGAUGACUACUUACACAAUGAUUUGCUUCCAGAACGAAAGAGUACGCUAGAUUCGUAUCUUUCCAAAAUACAAAGUGAGCCAGAUUUGCGGUCUCUUUAUCCAGAUAUGAUGUUGGAUCCCAAUUCGAAUACAAAUUCAGAUAAAAUUGUUGGAACAGUCAAAGAAAUGGCCAAAGAUUUGAUGGAAAAUAAAGAUCAGUUUUAUGGAGGACCAUAUGCUCCAGAGAGUAAAUUAAAUACACCAGCACCAGCAAGCAAUAUAAAUAAACCAUUUAUUAACGAUAAGGAAUUCAACGAUGAUUUACUUUUAUCAGGCCUUCUGCAUAAUAAAGAUGCACCAAAUAAAAUGUUUGAUAAUAUUUUUGGGAGUUUAGACAAUCCGAACAAAAAUCUUGUUAAAGAUAAUCCAUCAGAAUUAGAAUCUGGGCAAAUUACGAGAAAUGCAUAUUUAGAAAAUUUUGCAGAUAAUAUAGCUGCAAUAAAUCUGCAAAAUGCUUUGAAACAAAACAUGAUGUAUCAGCACUAUAUGAAUAACCCACCACCAAUAGAAAUGCCAAUGGUUUAUUCUUUGGCUAACUAUGAGCCACAGCCCAAAAAAGUGAUACGAACAGUGAUCAAUCAUCAAGCACCGGCAAUGCCAUUUGCACCAAUACCAAUACAAACAGGUUCUCAAUGCUGCACUAACUACUAAAACUGGAUUUGUUGAUGCAAGUUAAAAAUGGUUUGGUUGAA